GCUAUAAGAAAAUCCUGUUAUCCCUACACUUUCCCAAAAUAAACAUAACAAAAACAUAUCACACUCUACAUCUACACCUACUAUUACCAGUAUUGUCAAUGAGAGUCAUGUUUUUAAGUUUAUUUAUGGAGUUAGAAGUAAAUGCUUCCUUCCGUCCCGAGCGGCCAUGUGGGACCGAGAGUUGGAAGGAACCACCUGUUGAAACCACUUUUCUGCAUUUUCCAGACUACAAGGAGUGAGUCACGCUUGUUUAAAGAUGGUGGUGCUGUCAGUGCUGCAGAAGGGCCUCAUAUCCUAUAAUGGCUGUCUGGCCUCCCACCCACUCGUCACCAAGUCGUGCACCAGUGCUGUCACAGCAGGCCUGGGGGACUACCUGGGGCAGCUCAUCAGCAGGCAGCAUGCUGUGGACCUCUGCAGCAUUGCCAGAUAUGCUACAUUUGGGCUGCUGGUGACGGGACCGCUGGCUCACCACUUCUACCUACUACUGGAUCAUCUGGUGAGGCCGGGAAAGAGAGGAGCUGCUAUCAAGAGACUCCUUAUAGACCGCUUUGGGUUUGCCCCCCUCUUGCUGUUCCUGUCCUUCUACCUACUGGCACGUAUGGAGGGCAAGAGUCAUGCGGGGGCCCUGAGGGAAGUGCGGGUGAAGUGGUUCCCAACACUUAAGAUGAACUGGAAGGUGUGGACACCAAUACAGUACAUCAAUGUGAACCAUGUGCCCCAGCAGUACCGCAGCCUCUUUGCCAAUUUUGUCGCCCUGUUCUGGAUCAUGUACCUGGCAAACAAGAGGAGACAGGCGGUGAAGAAGGAUUAAGAGGAUUACAAAGAAAGAAGGAAGAAGCAAGGAAUAAUAAGUGCAAUAAAGGAAGGAAAGAGGACAGUUUUCAAAGGCCACAGAGGUGAUUAGUGAAGUUCUUGUAUAGUUCUUGCCUUGACAGUCAGAGUGUUUGUUUAGUUAUUGCUGUAGUGAGUGUGGUCAGGGUGUCUUUGUAGGUCACAUCCCCUCCCCUGUUGUAGUCACACAUCUGGCAGUGCUACCUCAUCAUAAAAACAUAAAAACACAAGAAAUAAGGGAAGUUGCAAGAAGCCAUCAGGCCUACACAUGGCAGUUCCUGUGUAAAACAUGCCUACCUGCUUCCAACUAUCAUCCCUACCCAUAAAUUUGUCAAAUCUUUUUAAAGUUCCCUAAGUCAUUAGUGAUACCCAUUUGCAAUAGUUGAGACCAGUGCAGUCAUCCCUUGUUAGCUGCAGUUUUGGUUAUCACAGUUUCACUUUUACACAGAUUGCUGCUGACCACUAAUUCAAAUAGUGUAAGAGAUGAUGAGAGGCAGCCUGUGAGUGUUCAUUGCUUUUUUUCUUUAGCUAAAUGACAGAUAAAACAUUUAUUUCCAUGUACAUGCAGUUUUCCUUUACUUCAACAAGGCUUUUGGGGGCUCAGGGGUGUUCUUAGGGGGGCACUAAUUGUUGACAACUUUUCCUUAUCUACGGGUGUGUCUGUCACCACACACCCUUGGAUAACGAGGGAUGGCUGUAUUUACAAAUUUUCUCUCUUUUUAACGUGCUUACAAUUUUCAUUGACUCGUAUUUGAAUUUCUCACUCUUCGCUGAUUACAUUGAUGUCACUCAUGAUUGGAAACUUUACAUUAUAGUCACGCUGGAUUGGGCAGUGAUGGUGUCUUUUGUUCAUUGCUAAGACAGCACGACACACUACUACCACCACCAAUGCUGAGAGAUGGGGGUCAUGGCAUCCCCAGGCACCCCAUCCCCCUGGCACACCCCAACACACAGCACAGCCUCAAGUCCCCUCAGACACAACACUUACACACAUUUUGUUUUGUUGUGAGGAGGAAGUUUUCAUGAGUGUGUUGCAGGAAACUUGACCAACAGUGAAGGCAAAUCCACAAAUGUUAAGCAUCCUUUUAUAGUGCAAUGGAUGAUUAAAAGAUGUUAUUAAUGUCAUGGCCAAACAUCAACUGAAAACAUCCUAGACUGCGGUACAACUAUUUUUUAUUUAUUUUUUUAUGGAGUAGCACUGACCAAGAAAAAAAAAAAGGGGGGGGUGGCUCUGAGGUACUAGUCCCCAAAACAGUCAGAAACAGUCAUCAGAAAUUAGAGGAUAAGUGUCCUGAAACCUCCUUCCUGAAAGAGUUUGAGUUAUAGGAAGGAGGAAAUACAGAAACAGGCAAGGAGUUCCAGAGCUUACCAUGUCACCUUAUCCACAGCACUGACAGUAAGGGGUGUGGCCUAUCCAGGUAUCCUUAUGGCAUUCACAAUAGAGCCAUGAAGACAUCCUUGAAAACCCAGGUAACUUGCACUAGCUGUGAAAAAUAGUGAAGAUAGGUGUCAGAAUAUUCAAUGAGGUUUAUGAGGUUUUCAGUGUUCCCAUGAUGCUAAUGGUGGUUUAGGAGGCACUAGUGAAAAUUAUUUGGUUUUUCAUGAUUUUAACAAUAGUUUGAAAGGGUAGAGUGGAAGUUAUUGAAGUUUUUAAGGAAAUUUUCAUGAUGCUAGAGAUAGUUACCUGGCUGUAGUUGAAUUUGGAAUUUUUAAGGAUGUUUUCAUGAUGCUAGUGAUAGUUUAAUAGGUGUAAUGGAAGUUAUUCUGGUUUUCAAGGGUUUUCAUGAUUUUAGGGAUAGUUUAACCCUUUUAGUGCAAUAUGGAACACCAACACUUCAGAACAAAAUCUUAAUAAACAUCGACAAGAAAGAACAAAGGGAAUUAAAAGGAUAUAUUUAACCGUUUUUAGCAAUGUAAUGCUCAGAGGAGACUGUGUUGCAGGAAGGAAGACCUCAGCAUGGUUAGUAAUAAUGGAAGACCUAACCAAAUCACAGGGAAAGUUAGCAAGAAAAAUUGCUCACCAUCAAAAAGAAAAAAAAAAAAAAAAACAGAACCUGACCAAUCCUCUUGUAGCCUUUGAAAACAGUGCUGUGAGAGAACAAACCAGUGGAAAACAUGCCAUAAUUCACUCAUCCCUGGUACUUGAGUGGCAGAUAUGUCACCAUGUGUGUUUAGGUGUGCCCAGGUGUGUUCAUAAGGGUCACAACUAUGCAGGUACAGCUGUGGCCUGAAGUUAAGUGACCUGCCACCCUCACCUUUACCGUGUUCAGCAUUUUCCCUGUCUGAAGUGUCACCUCUACUAUACUGUGUUCAGUGUUUUCCCUCAGUCUGAAGUGUCACCUCUACUCUACUGUGUUCAGCAUUUUCCCUCAGUCUGAAGUGUCACUUCUGCUGUGAUCAAUGUUUUCCCUCUGUCUGAAGUGUCACCUCUACUAUACUGUGUUCAGCGUUUUCCCUCAGUCUGAAGCAUCACCUCUACUCUACUGUGUUCAGCGUUUUCCCUCCGUCUGAAGUGUCACCUCUGCUGUGAUCAGUGUUUUCCUUCAGUCUGAAGUGUCACCUCUACUCUACUGUGUUCAGCGUUUUCCCUCAGUCUGAAACCUAAUCUUAGAAUUAUGUAGAAUCUAUCAGUUGUCAGGCUUUGUAAUGUGACUACCAAUAUACCAGAGUUCUCAUGAUGGAGGGAAACUGCCAAGAUGAGUAGAAAAGAAUAAAGCACAUAAACAAACUUUUGGCAGUGACUGUACAAGCACUGAAUUCACAAAGCUGCGUUAACACCAAGUGAACUGAGCUUAAUUUCAUGUACUAUUUCACUUGAAUCACUUUGAGUCAGCACCAUUGCCUGAGUGAAUCCGAGUCAGCACUUCACGGGCAGACCCUCGGGGGUGUGUGUGUGUGUGUGUGUGUGUGUGUGUGUGUGUGUGUGUGUGUGUGUGUGUGUGUGUGUGUGUGUGUGUGUGUGUGUGUGUGUGUGUGUGUGUCCCUACCACAAUACUAUUAUUGCUGUGGCCAGGGUUGUGUAGGGGUGAGAGUGAAUGUAGCCAGGAGUGUCAGUGCUAAGGAAUAUACUACCUUUACUACUACUACUCCUCCUCCUCCUCCUAUUGCUGUACUGUUCUUACUACUACUACUACUACUACUACUACUACUACUACUACUACUACUAUUACUACUACCACCACUACCACCACCACUACUACUACUACUACUACUACUACUACUACUACUACUACUACUACUACUACUACUACUACUACUACUACUACUACUAACCCUAUAUCUACUAUCACUAAUUACUACUACUAUGGCUACUACUACUACAGCUACUGCUACUACUACUACUACUACUACUACUACUACUACUACUACUACUACUACUACUACUACUACUACCACCACCACCACCAUCACCACCAUCACCACCAUCACCACCACCACCAUCACCAUCCAGCACUCAUUAAAGAAGGCAUCCAAACACAGUUUGAACACUCAGCCAUCAAAACAACCGCCACUGCUAAACUUGGACAUCAGCAGCAACACACACACUGGACAGAAUAUGCCAGCAAGCAUGAUGAAGGGAAUGCUGGUGACAAAGUUAUCAUCUCACAAGAAACAUCAAGGGUGGGAGGAAUAGGCCAGUGUGAUAGUUGAAGAGGCGACAACACCACACUGGGAGGAUUAUACAUCACAUGUGCCAGUUUAGGUUGAAUUUAUGGAUGGAUGGUUGCUUGGAAGGUAGAUUGGAUGGUUAGCUGGAUGGAUGACUGACUGACAAGAAGAUACAAAAUUAAAUGAGUGACUGAUUGAUUGGCUGGCUGGUUGGUUGUGUGGCUGACUGUAUGGCUGACUGACUGGCUGGCUGCAUGGCUGUAUGGCUGACUAACACGAGCCCUGUAGCACUAAAGAGAUAAGGACAUCUGGUGGCAAGGUGUCUUUUACUUUGUUGACUCACCAUGAAAUGAAAAAAAAUAUGACGAGAAAAAAAAAGUCUGCACCAGUGACUGAACUGCCUCGAGUCGCUUGGUGUAAACGCAGCCUUACUUUGCUCAAUGACAGUCUUUCAGAGGAGACUUAAGGUCCAUAUCAAACACUUUGUUCUCACCAUGACUAUUUUCAAAGGCCACAGAUUAUUAGUUUUCAAGAGUGUUUCUCUUGUUAAUAAUAUAUGAAUCUUUUUAAUCUAGAAGCAUUAAAACACCCUAAAAAUUUGUGUAACUUCAUCUAGAGCCUUUUGAAAGUAGUGGAGGUGCAGCACAGGUGUUUCAGAAUGUGGCUCAAUGUGUUAGGUUAGGUUAGAACAUAAGAGAAGCUGCAAGAAGUCGCCAGGCUUACACGUGGCAGUCCCUUCCUAAAAAAAAUAACGGAAGCUGCAAGAAGCCACCAUGCCUUCAUGAAACAUUCCUACCUUCUUCCCUCUUUGUAAGGUUAGAUGGUGUAUUUUUGUACAGGUGCUCGUAGAAGUGAUGUCACAAGGCCCAGUGAAUUUCUCAUGUGUGAAUUGGAUACAAAUUAAUGCAUGGAAUAGUGGAGUGGUUGAUGUCGGGGGUGUUGUGUCAUGGUGUGGCUGUGUGAUCAUGAUUUCUUGUAUACUGGUGCUACUACUACUACUACUACUACUACUACUACUACUACUACUACUACUACUACUACUACUACUACUACUACAACCAUUACUACAACUUUGGCUAUUACUAAUCCUCUACUAUUACUCCUACUUAUACUGUUAUGCUACUACUACUACUACUACUACUACUACUACUACUACAACCAUUACUACUAUUUUGGCUACCACUAAUCCUCUACUACUACUACUACUAAUAAUACUGUUAUGCUGCUACUACUACUACUACUACUAUUACUACUAGUACUAGUACUACUACUACUGUUAUGCUGCUACUACUACUACUACUACUACUACUACUACUAAUAAUAAUAAUAAUAAUCUACCACUACCAUUACUACUAGUACAACAACUACAACUACUGGUGUUGAAUGCAUUUACUCUGUUAUGUUUGAAAUAUUAUACACACAUACAUAAUUACUGUACUGUUAUUUUAUUCUUGUAAUGGAGAUAAAUAUAUUCCUCAAUAUAAUUGGA